UUUUUAUUGGUUGUGCUGUUGUCUAUCUCUUUUUUUUACGUUUCUUUGAUAUUGUUUUUCCUUUGCAGCUCAUGCCCCGAUCUUUUCUUUGGGGAAUGCCUCUGCUGCUUGCAGCAUUCCUAACUCUCGGUGGAUACUGUCAGACCAACGAAUUUGACACUACCAUUCCUCGCUUUGAAGAAACAUCCCUCGAUAAUGCACUUGCGGGCAAGUUUUCGGUGGAAUACCGUUCAUGGUAUAAAGUCGUGCGUAACCAUGUUUGGAAUGAAACCUACGCUCUUGUGUGUUGUGGACAGACUCUGAAAGACGAUGCCGAGUUCACGGCCGUUAUCAAUAUCCCUGUGGCUCACGUCGCAGUGGACGGUGCGCUGGACGCGUUACCAUUUAUCGAGUUGCUGGGACAACAAGAUAAAGUGGUGCAGAUCAAGCAGUCUCAGGAAGUGACUUCACCUUGCUAUGCCAAUUUGACCGACAACACAUCGGUCAGACCGGAUCUCGUUCUUCGUUCGAUUCAUGCUGAAAAAAGCGAGAUGCCAUCGGUGGGAUUCAAUGCAGACAACGAUCAACUCACACCGUUGCAGAAAGGUUCAUGGCUGGUCUAUAUUGCCUUAUUCUUUGAUCUUGAGAAAACCGCGGAUAAAAUAUUCGCAGAUAUUGUCAACCGGUAUUCUUGCCACCAAACCAACCUGAUCGGAGCUCCACAUCCACGCAAUGUAGCAUGGACAAUGUACGAUUCUUCCAAGAAAACAUGGUCACUGCUGAAGGAUCCAUUUUAUGCACAAUUGGUAGCGGACGCAGGUGCUUCUCUGGUACAACCCAAAUCGUCUUCUGAGAAUUCAGAUAGAGUGGCAGAAUUCCAUGCCGAUUUGCGUAACGCCGACUGCGUCAUCGAUGUGUCUUCUCUUACCGUAACCCAAGACCAAGACUACGAUGACUGGCUGAAACUGGCCGGCUUUACUGAUGCCAAUGUUGAUAUCUACAAUCAGUCCUUUAUCACUCGCAAAACAUUACAUCGCACCGACGGAUUGACAGACGAUAUGGGCUACUCUGAUUGGCCCCAGCGUUCGGCGGCACGUCCGGAUCUUGCAUUAAGAGAUGUUAUUCAUAUGGUGUAUCCUGGGUAUAGUCCUUAUCAUCAAUACGUGUGGCUUCGCAAUUUCGCCAAGCAAGAUGAUAGUCGAUUGAUUACCAAGGAAACGUAUCCAACCUGUCAUGGCAUGGCCGAUACGAUUAUGGGGGAUAUCUGCGUUUAUCGCAAUUUCUUUGAUCAGUUACGCUCUUCCGCUCCUCAGCCUCCGCCGGUAUCCUUUGGUGCUUUAGUGUUCGCCAUUGGCGUUAUGAUCGCAAUGGCUGUGUUGUAUCGUCGUUACUAUCGUCAAACCAAAUUUCAGUAUUACCCAAUGGAUGAUCUGUCCUCCUCAGGCCCUCACCUCUAAAUCCUGACAAUGCCCAUGAUGAAUCAUCCGGUGGCUGCAAUCAACACCAUACCAGGCGAGAUGCACGAUUCCCAUAUCCGAAUUCAUUCAUGCAAUUGGGCAUUGCAUCCAGCCUUCUUUUUUUUCUUUUCCCCCAACAUUUUCAUGGUCUAAUUUGUAUAACGAAUCCACUCAUUUAUGCGGAAUAAAAAGAUCCAGGGGAAAGUUUGCG